CCAGUGUGUUGUCGUCUUGCCGCGCUUGCGACGACUAGUCUCAAACUUGCUAAAUUUAUUUUUCAACUGGUUAGAGCAGUGCCGGCGGUCGUGCGACGCGGUUCGACUGGCAACAUGCCAGUUUUAUAUAUUCAUUAAAAAUAUUUUACAAUUAUUAAAUUAUCAAUAUUUUAAUUACAAAAAAACAAACAAAUAAUUGCUAUUUUAAAUGAAAAAUAAAUUGAAAAAAAAAGUCUAAUUUAAUAAUCAAAGUGCGUGAGUUGGCUUUCUUUUUCAUUUUUUUUUUUUUUUCUAUUUUAUUUUCGCCAAUUUUUUUUUUUUUCAUUUUAACAAGUGUUUAUAUUUCAAUAUUUAAUUAUGAAAUUGUGACAAUUUGGAAAAUAACAAGUGAUAAAUGUGACAAGUUAAAUAUAAACUUGUAGAAAAAAAAUAAAAAUAAAAGAAAAAAUAAUUAUAAAUAAAUAAAUGGGUGAAUUUUUAAAGAUAAAUUAUUUAUUGUGAAUAUGUGACCAAUCAAGGUCAUCAGUUUACAAUUUUUAUUUUGUUAAAUUGUCUCUAUCAGUUUACUCCAAAUUUGCAAAACGAUAAAUGUUCGUUUUGUAAUUGAAAAAAAAAUAUAUAAAUACCUUCUAUUAAAUAUAAAAAAAAAAUAAAAGGUAAAUUAAUUUUGAAGAUAAAAUACUAAAACUAAUGAGAAUGACGCCAUCAACUCAUAUUGUUAAAACUCAAUCAAAUUUGGCACUGUUGUAUUGGACAUUUACAGGUACAAUUUAUGUGAAUACAUAAUAAAUGUAGGCCAUCAAGUAUUUUAAUUUUUUAGUUUAUUUUUUUUUUAUUUAAAAAAAAAAAAAAAAAAAGAAAAAACAUUUAUUAAAUGUUCAUGAUUGUGUGAUAAGUAAGUUUAUUGUGUGAUAAUAAUAAAUCAAUGUGUUUGACUGAGAUACGGUGACAUUUAGUGUUUUUUUUUUUUAAUUUUAUUUUUGUUAAAUAUUUUUUUUUUUACAUAUAAUUUGAGUUCUUUGUUUGUUUAUAAUUCGUGGGGCCUCUUGAAAGAGCGCCGGCCGGCGCCGCCCGGGAGUUCUCGCGGCAAAAAAAAAAAAAAUAAUAAUUAACUGAACAAAGUGACUGUGUAAAUUGUAAUACAAAAAAAAAAAAAAAAUAAUAAAAUAAAACAAUAUGAGUGAAAUGACGAGUGUUGAUCAUCAACAACAAGAUCAGCAGUAUGUUGGUAAUUUACCAAAUACAAAAUAUCAUUGCAAAGAUUGUAAUAUGUUCUUUGACAGCAGCAAAAGCCUCGAAGUACAUUUGCAUUAUCAACAUGAUAGAUUAAUGGGUCAAUGGGUUGGUCAAGAAGAGAGUAAUAAUAAUAAUAACAAUAAUAAUAAUAACAACAAUAAUAAUAAUAGUAAAGCUGGUAAUCAUAAUAGUCAUGUUAAACGAGAUAGUAUAACAGCACCUGCUGAUUCAAGUGAGUCUAGUGUGUCAAGGCCACAUUCAGCUGGUUCAGCAACUUCUCAUCAACUUCAACAACAACAAGUAUCAUCACAGGUGCCACAACAACAACAGCCACCACCUUCAUUACCAUCAACAAUACCAGCACCAUUACCACCACCAGGUGCACAAUCUGGUUAUCCACAUUUUCAAAUGCCAAUGUUUAGUGAAACAAGUUAUUUUAUGCAAAAUGAACAGCCAUAUAUAUUACCACAUCAUUAUUCACCAACACAUGAUGAACAACAAAACUCAAAUCCAACACAUUAUGGAACGAGAUUUCAUCCUUAUCAGCAACAACAACAACAACAACAACAACAUUAUGUUACUGAACGUGCUAAUUCAGUUAGUUCAACAAGUCCAAGAAGUCCAAUACAAUGUGAUAAAUGUGGUGGUGUAUUUGAUGAUGCUAUACAACUUGGUGAACAUGUUAGAUCAAAUCAUCCAACAUCACCAAGUACAUAUUCUGGACCACCACAAUAUCAACAAAUUGGUGAUGGUCCACAUAAUCCACAACCACAGCAACAACAACAAGCACCAUCAUCACGAAUGCAUUCAUCACCACCACAAAAUAGUCAACCACCAGCUCAACCUGGAUAUGAAUAUAAUGGUAGUGCACAAAUUAAAUUAGAAAUUAAACAAGAACAAGAAGAACAAUCUGAAAUACUUGAUCUUGAUUCGCAUAAAGUACAACAGACUCAUAGAUAUGAAGAAGAAAUUAUGAGAAUACAACAACAACAACAACAGCAACAUCAAGAAAUGCAAAUUCAAAAUCAACGACAACAUCAGCAUGCAAUGCAACAACAACAGCAGCAGCAGCAGCAGCAGCAACAACAGCAACAACAACAACAACGAGUUGCAACACACUCGGUAAGUUCUAUGCUUGGUUGGCCACCAGCACAACCACAUGAAUAUCAUCCUGGUUUAUCACCAAUGGGUCCAAUUGAUAGUUCAUCACCAAUACCAGAUCAAAGUCAAUUUAUACGUGGUCCACAUAUGCCAAUUGAACCACCACGUCAUGCUGUAUCACCAAUAAUAACAAGUACUCAACCAAUUGGUCCACAUCAAAUACCACCAGGUAUAUUACAAUCAUCACAAAAAACUGGUGGUAUUGGUAAUCAAUCAUGGAAAAGUAAUGAAGCACGUAGACCAAAGACAUAUAAUUGUACAGCGUGCAACAAGUGGUUUACAAGUUCUGGUCAUUUAAAAAGGCAUUAUAAUACAACAUUACAUAAAAAUGCUGUUAAACAAAGUAAUUUACCAGAUCCAGCAAAUAUGCCAAUAAGUGCACAUCAUCAUCCUGGCAGGGACAGUCAUGGUAAUACAAAUCGUAAUAAUGGUCCAUCAAGAUCACCUGAAUUAUCUACCUCAUCAGUAAGUCCCCCAAACUUGAUGGCAGGUCCCUCGGUCGAGGCGGCGAGGGGCCUGCUUCACACGCCAACCAAUCACUUCACCACCAGCAACUCCAGCAACAGCAGCACGAACAGCAACGACUCUACGUCACAAAUUCAACAAUCUCAUCACCAUCAACAGCAGCAGCAGCAAUCACAACAACAACAACAGCCGCACCAACAACAAAUGACACAUCAUCAAGGCCAAUCACAGGUCCAACAACAACAGCAGCAGCAUCACAACAACAACAACAACAACAACAACAACAGCCAUCAUCACCAUCAGCAACAGCAACAACAACAAGCAUCAUCUACAACGGUAAUUCACAUGGUGGGCAACACAAUGGUGGGCCACAAUUCCCCGGCAUUAUCACCAAUGGCUGUUCAUCAUCAUCAUCAAAUGGUGGGUUCCCCAUCACCCCAAUUGGCACAACACCACCUGUCAAUAGGUUCCCCAUCCCAACUGGUAUCCCAUCAUCCCAUGAAUUCACCCAUAUCACCCAUGCAUCCACCAACAUCGCAUCAACACCUGAAUUCAACUUCCCCAAUGGCCACCACUCCCACACCCACCCACCACCAUCCCAUGAAUUCGCAAUCACCCAUAAUGGCGGGAGUCACAUCAAUGGUUUCACCGCCAAUGGGGGGUAUUACGAUGCCUCAUCAGCCGUACCCAAACGGUUUGCCCCCCCACGUUACAACUACUACCAGCAUCCCGGGCCUGCUGGAGUCUAUCACCAGCCCGCAAACUACUAUUGGCAAUAAUAAUAAUAACAACACCAACAACAACAACAACAAUAAUAGUGAAUUGCCAAGUCAAUCACAUUCACAUAUUGCCCAGGAUAUGUUACCUGGUUUUGGUACUUUUAGUAAUCAUCAAAGGACCUUACCAAGUUUUACACAAUUUGCUGGUUAUCUAGUUGGCCAUGAUCAAUCACAGGCCGUAAACGUGGGGGGGCUUAGCCCUGAGGAUAAUCAUCCUCAAGAAAGAUCAUUUGAAUCACCUAGCUCAAAUUACAAUCAAUUUAAUAAUAAUAAUAAUGAUAAUACUAGUAAUAAUAAUAAUAUUAAUGAUAAUAAUAAUAAUGAUGAUAGUCAACAUCAACAUCAUCAGCAUCAUCAUCCUCGUAAUCAUGAUGAUUCACCAACAAGUUAUCAUGAGCCACUAUCAAAUAUGUUGGAUCCACUUCAUAUUGCAAAUACAGGUGAUACAUUAUUAAUAAAACAAUAUGAUUAUUUACCACCACAUGAACAUGAACAUGAACAACAACAACAACAACAACAACUUAAUAAUAAUAAUAAUAUUGAACAAGAUGAACAACAAUAUAUUGAAACAAAUAAUAAUAAUUUACCAUCAAUACAAGGUAAAGAAGAAGUUAAUCCAAAUGUUGUUAAAAAACGUAGAGGUAGAGGUGCAGGUAAAAAAAAUAAUAUUAUAAAUAAAGAACAGGAUCAGGUAUCCAGUACAAAUAGUGUUGUUCAUUUUAUAUCAGAAGGUGGUAUACAUAAAUGCAUUGAUUGCAAUAAAAAUUUUAAUAAAGCAUGUUAUUUAACACAGCAUAAUAAAAGUUUUCAUUCUGGUGAUAAACCAUUUAAAUGUAAUCAAUGUGGUAAACGUUUUACACUUGAAUAUAUGCAUGAGGAACAUUUACUUAAACAUGCUGGUGAUAAACCAUAUAAAUGUGGUGAAUGUCCAAAGCAAUUUAAUCACAAGACGGACCUCAGGAGACAUCAGUGUCUUCAUACUGGUGAAAAACCGUAUGCCUGUGAUACAUGCGGCAAGGGAUUUAUCAGAAAAGAUCAUAUGAUGAAACAUCUUGAUACGCACAAGAAAAAACAAAUACAUAAUAAUAUUCAUUUGAGAACGUAAUUCAUAUUUUUAAAUUAUUAUCAUUACACAUUUACAUUCUAUAUUUUAAAUAUAAUAUAUUAUAUAUAUGUUUCUUUUCUUUUUUUUUUUUAAUUAUUUAUUUUUUUAUAUUCAAAUGAAAUAGUAAAUAUAUAUCUCAAGAUUAUCAUUCCCUAUACAUAACUAGUACCUCAUUACAAAGGAAAUAAAAAAAAAAAAUAAAUAUAUUUUAUUCCUUCCAUGUCUUCCUCUCAGGCUCCAAUAUUCCCUCAUCACAUUAUGAGAUUUUUUCUUCUCAAUAAAACUCCUCAAACCAAUUGAUAAAUUAAAAAAAAAAAAAAUACUUUUUCUCAUAUCAAUUGGUUGUAUUGUCAGGGAUGGGAUUAUUGAUUUUAUUGCUCAAUAAUAUUUAUUUUUUUAUUUUUUAUUUUUUAAACAAUAUCAAUUUGAGUAUAAACAAAAAAAUAUUUUUUUUUCUUUUAAAUUUUUAAGUAUUAAUUUGCCAAGAAUAAUAAGGAAUAUUUAAUAAAAAAGAAAAAUCUAUAUUAAUAUUUUAAUCAAUCGCAGUAUAUGGAGUUGAAUAAUUAAUAUGAAAAUAAUGCAAUAACAACAUUUAAAAAAAAAAAAAAAAAAUUAUAUAUUUCAUAUAUUUUGACUCGAUAAAUUGCGAUAUCGUUGCAUUCCUGUAUAAAUAAUAUCUUGUGCGAUAUUAAAAAUAAAGAAAAAAAAAAAAAAGAAAGAAACAUUGUAAAUUACAGAAUAAUAAUAAACACAAAGUUUUAAUGAAUUUAUGGAUAUUAAAUGGAUAUCGAACCUUCGAAGCUUAUCAACUGUACAAAAUAUGUUAAAUGUAUAGACAUAUUAUUAUUACUAUCAAUAUUAUUAUUUUAUUGUAAUUAUUUUUAAAUACAAUUAAUUAUAUUAGAUGUAAUCGACAAUUAUAACCGUAUAUAUUAAAUUGAGUUGAACAAUUUGUUUGACAAUAAACAUAAUUGUUUAUGUUUAUAAAAAAUGAAGAGAGAUAAAUAAACCAACAAGAUGAUAUUUUAAAAUAUAUUAAGAAAAGAAAUAUUCCUACCAAUGUGAAAACGAGCAUUUGCUUGGUGAUUAGUUAGUAUCAUUUUAUGUUAAUUAUUGUUUUUAUUAUUAUUAAUAUUAUUUUUUUUCUCAUUAUGAUUUUAAUGAUUAAUAAUUUUAUAUAUAUUAUAUCUCUCACCAGUGUGAGUAUAUAAUUUAAAAGUCAAUCUAAUUGAAGAUAAAAAAAAAAAUAAUAAAUUCUUAAUUAAUGCUGAAAAUACAAAUAAAAAACCAUGACAUUUUUUUAAAAUAUAAAAUUUACUGAUUUUUUUGAAUUUAUUAUUUUCUAUUCCUGGUCAUAACAUUCCAGUGAUAAUUAUCAUUUUUUUUUUUUUUUUCUUAUACACAUUCCAGCAGAUAAUAAUCAUGAUAAAAUGUUAAAAAAAAAUUUUUUUCGUUUAAAUUUGUUGUAUAUAGCACGUUUUCACAGUGGCUAUGUAUAUUUAUUUUUUUUUUUUGAAUAAGAUAGCCUAAGUCACUUGCCAAUCAAUGUGGAUCCCUCGAAGAAAUUAUUAAAUUUAUAAAAAAAAAAAAAAAAUAGAUAAAUAUUAAUUAAUUGAUGAAUAAAUUUUUUUUUUUUUUUUGAUAUUAUUCUUCGAGAGUUUUACGAGGUUAAUUAAAAUUAAAAAAAAAAAUAAUAAUCAUGAUAUGUUGAUGACCUCGUGAUAAAGAAAUAAACACAAUAAUUGUUUCUGUUACUAGUUAUUCAUAAAUUAAUUUUUUUAAUUUAAAUAUCAUUAAUUGUUUAUAAAAAUUUGAUAAAUUUGUGUUGAAAAAAAAGAAAAAAAAAAAAUCAUUCUCGUUGUUGUUUAAACAUCCAUAUAUAUUUUUUUUUUGUUUUGGAUAUUUAUAAUUAAAGCUUAAUAAUUUGUUUAAUUCUUAUUGAAGUUUUUUUUUUUUUUUUUUUUAAUACAAAUAUUGUUGAAUUGAUAAUUUUGUUUUUCACUUGUAUUAUUUGUGAAACUUAUUAUUGCUAAUUGGUAAUUAAUAUAUUAUAUGAAUUAUAUUAUGUGUUUCAUUGGAACGAGGUCUGAUAUAAAAUUAUUGUACAUAACAAUACUAGUUUAUUAUUAAAACAGUAACGAAUUAUAGCCACUUGCCAUUUUACUACGUAAAAAAAAAUAUGAAAAAUAUAAAAAAAAUACAUCCCAGAACAGACUACCUCAGAGUUCAGGAAUUAUCGAUGAAAUAAAGGAAGGAGAAAAGAAAUUAUGAAAUAAAAAAAAAAAGCCAAUGCAAUAAUAAUAUUAAAUAUUUAAUAAAUAAAUUAAUAAUUAAAAAAAUGAAAAUAAAUGUGAAGUACAGAGAAUUAUUACACCGGUGGGUUACACAAUUUUUUAAUCAAAUAAAAUAAUGAUUUUUUUUUUAAUCAAUUUUAAAAUAAUGUGUAGUUUUUUAUUUGUUAAUUGAUGCGACACAUAAAUAUUCAUUUGUUUAAAUAUUUUUAAAAUAAUUAGCAUCGAAUUCAUUUUUACUUCUCUCCUUCUAAACGGCAUUGAGUUCCUUCCGUCGCCCGCCGGUAAAACGUUUUUAAUGACCGUUAUAUAAAAUAAUAAUAAAUAUAAAAAAAUUGAAAAAAAAAAUUAAAAAAAAAAAAUUAAAAAUGUAUAAAAUAAUAAAAAAUAAUAAUAAUAAUUAAACAAACAAAUUUAAUAUAAAUAGAUUGACGUACAUUAGAGACAUAUCAAACAGUAUUACUGUAUACUCAGUUUAUAUAAAAAUUAAUGUCUAAGAGUUGAUUUAACGAAAAAAAAAAAAUAUAAAAAUACAAAAAAAAAUAAAAAACAAAAUGACCGAUACAUAUUUUUACUUCAUAUCAUUAUUAAGAGCGUUUUUAUUGGAGUAUAAUUAAUAAAUAAAAUAAAAUGAAAAAAAAAAAAAUUAAAUUAAAUAA